GGUGUGGUAUCGGUAUCGCCGUCCCCUCAUCUCGUCUUACAUGCUCAUGCUGUGCUCAUAGAUCGUAAAUAAAUAUUACCUCGAUAAACUAUUGAUUCACGUGAUUUAAAUCAUUACUUGGUCUAUUCAUACAUAUCUUGAUACAACCCGUCUGUCUCGCCAUGGCGAACAGCACAAAAACAAAUCCCUCCCCGCUCCACCGACGGGAGGUGUUUUACGUAGGCGGGCAAUAUGUACCUGAUGCCAAGGGCAACCAUUCGCUCCAGGGGCAGAUGUACGUCGAAAGGCUCAUACCCGAAGUAGACGAAAGCUUAAGGAAGUCCUUGCCUGUUGUAUUCAUACACGGUGCAUCAAGAUCUGGCAUGGACUGGCUCACUAAGCCUGAUGGACAGCCAGGCUGGGCCUCGUACUUCCUAUCGCAGGGUUUUGAAUGCUACCUCGUUGACCAGCCCUUUCGCGGUCGGAGUCCGUGGUUUCCCGGGAACGGCACCAUGGUCGCGUAUCAAGCCGAAUUAAUCCAGCCCGUCUUCACCGCUUGCCAAACACUCGGGACAUGGCCACAAGCGAAAUUACACACGCAGUGGCCUGGCCCCGGAACGAUAGGCGACCCCAUAUUUGACCAAUUCUACCGCUCAACGCUGCCGAUCCUCAACGAUCCCGUAGCACAGGAGACCGCGUCGCAAGCGGCGUGCGCCGCGCUGCUCGAUCGCAUCGGCAAGCCCGCCAUCUUAGUCGGCCAUUCAGCCGGCGGCUCCAUUCCCUGGCUCGUGGCCGACAUCCGCCCGAGCUUAGUGAAGAUGAUCGUGGCGAUAGAGCCGGUCGGGCCGCCCUUCUCCAAGAUGGGGAUUAUGCCGGGGCCCGGCGCGCAGUACGGCAUUACGAUGGCGCCGAUCACGUACGAUCCGCCGGUGACGGACCCAGCGACGGACUUCGCUAAAGUUGAGGUCCAGGCGCCGGGGCCCAACUUGACAAGCUGUACGCUCCAAGCUGAGUCUCCGCCACCACGACAGCUUGUUAAUUUAAAGGAUGUGAGGGUACUGGUGGUCACAUCGCAGGCAUCGUACCAUGCGCAGUACGACUGGGGCGUCGCUCGGUUCCUGCGGCAGGCUGGCGUGGCGAAGUCGGAGUAUAUGAGGCUAGCUGAGAAAGGUAUAUACGGUAAUGGGCAUAUGAUGAUGAUGGAGAAGAAUAGCGAUGAGGUGGCUGCGGAGAUAGUGAGGUGGAUUGAUGGAGCGAUCGGAUAACGGGAUUUAAACCCGGAAUCCCGGUUCGCUCCUGUCGUUCAAGAUUGCCUAGUAUAGCUGAAACUUGCCGAGCGAAGCAAAUUGUCUGUGAUAAACGUUGAUUAUAGGG